AUGUUUACAAGAAGUUUAUUUAGAACUGCUGCUAAUAGCAUGUUCUUUAAAAAAAAUAAUAUUUUCUCAACCUUCGCUUUACAAAGAAGCUUUACCACAAACUAAAGCAAUUAAACUGCUAGAAGAAAUCACAACCAUAAUCAUCAACACACUAACUAAAAAUCUACAACUUAACAAAAGUAGAUAACUGAAUUAGAUCCAAAUGCCAAAAAUAUUGAUUUAAUCCUCAGACACAAUAGUGUCAGCUUAGAAAUCGAAUUAGAUGGAACUAGGAAAAUUUAUUUUAUAAAUGAGAAUUUUACUUUCAACAUUCUCAAAGAAAUGAUAGAAUUUGAGUAUCCUAGCUGUUCAGUUGAAUUUGACUUUACAAGAAGUGGCUCUAAUCUCGUUGAUUAGGACUCUAAUUUAUUUAAUUUUUUGAGAAGUGACGAAAUGGGUGAAGUAAUCAUAGAGGUCGAUGAUGAAGUAUUUGUAUUGAGAAAUAGUGGUCACAGUGUUCUCAACCAGUACCUAAUUUAGGUUGAAAAGGAAUCUUAAGAGAAUUAAGGUGCUCUUCACUGGUUUUUAUAAUGCUAAAAAAAUAAAAUACAUCCUUCCCACGCAGGGGUACUUUCUCAUCUUAUAAGUUAAUUUUAAUAAGAAGUUAAAAACCUCAAAGCAGCAGCAAAGAAAGAUAUUAACUUAUCUGAGACUGAACUUGAUAAUAUAUUUAUAAAAACAUUUAAAAGUUUUAGUGCUCCAGUUAACUAAGAAAUUGAAGCAAUUUAACAUCAACAAAACAUCAUCGAAUAGGAGCUUUCUAAAUUGUAUGAUAGAAGAGAUAAUCUCUUUGAAGCUGCAACCAAAAAAUCUUACUUUUACCUCAAACUCAUUUUACUUAUCUCAUUAGGCCACUUAGCUACUUUCUACUAUAUGAUAUUCCAUGUAGAAUGGUUAGGUUGGGAUAUAAUCGAACCUAUUACCUACACUGUUGCUCAAUUUUCAGUUUUGCUUGCAAUAAGAUUUUUCUGGAAACAUAAGUAAAUUCGUUCAGUUGAAAACAUCAUAGAAAUCGGUAGAUAAAGGUACUUGAAUUAGCGUGUGAUAAAGGACAUAUAUUCUAACUUGCAAGAAUAAAUAAUUUAGAAAGAAUAACAGAGAGACUUUUUAACAAAGAGAGCAAAGAUACUUUUAAAUAAAAAAACCUAUAACACAAUAUCAAUAAAGGACAUUUGA